AAGUGUCUUCUUCUUCUUCUUCUUCUUCUUCUUCUUCUUCUUCUUCUUCUUCUUUUCGUAUAAAAGAAGGAUAAGAUGGAUGAGGAGCUGCGUUUGCUGCAGCAGAGGUUUCUUCAGGCACAGGAAGCGCAGUCGACGGUGAGAUUGUCUGAGCGAAAUGUGGUGCAAUUAGUCCUCAAGCUCCAGCAGCUCGGUCUGCUAGGAGCGGAUAUUCUGCACACGAUCAACGGCAGAGAGUACCUCACGCAGAGUCAUCUGCGGAAGGAGAUGGAGCGAGAGAUAAAGAAGCACGGUCGUGUGUCCUUAGUCGAUUUGGCAAUGACCAUCGGCGUGGAUCUUGCACACUGUGAGCACCAAGCGAAGUUCAUUCUCCACGAUAAUGCCGACACUUUUGGCCUUGUGCAAGGCGAGAUCAUAACGACUAAGUACUGGGACACAGUCGCAGAAGAGAUAGAAGAGACACUGCAGCAAAGCGGUCAGACGUCCAUAGCCGAACUCGCGAGAAGAUUUAACAUGGGAGCGGAGGUGUUGACAUCCGUCGUUGCGUCUCGACUGGGAUCUAUUAUCAAUGGCAAGCUGGAAGGAGGUAUUCUGUACACUCCUGCGUAUGUGGCUCGUGUGAAGGCCAUGAUGAGGGGUGCAAUGAGGGCGCUGACGAUUCCCACCCCCCUGAUGAGCGGUGUGUGGGGUAGAUUGGAGGAUCUGCAGGAAGAGAUGGGGAUUGUAGGCGGUGCGAGAGGGGGGGGGAGCGGAAUUGCGCUGAUGCAGUCAAUGGUCAGCAGUCUGGUGUCUGAGGGGGCUAUUUUUGGAACGCUGAGGGGUGGAGUUGCUUCGUCGUGGAACCCAGAAGUGUUUCUUCGGUCACAGAAAGAGGCAGUGGAAGCUUUCUUCUCCCAGAAUGGAUUCAUUCUGUACGAGUCGUUGAAGAUGCUCGCCGUGCCUCAGCCUAAGCGAUUUAUGCAAGCGAAGUACCCCGAUGGCGUGGGACUGAGCACGGCUUAUGUCCAUGCCUCCGUUGUUAGUCAACUCGAUGCGGCUGCCGACGAGGCCAUACAAGGCAAGUCGUGGUGCGACGCAGUAGCGCUUUUGACGCCUGCGCUGUCACAAGCAGAUGUAGCAGAGCUUCUUGCAAUGUGCCCGUCUGUGAACAGGGCGAAGAAGGAGGGGAGAGCAUCGCUGAUGGCAGGCACUUGUGUCGUCACUGAAGACCUCGUCGGGGACUUGAUUGGCCGAUUUGAGAAGGUGAUGAUGCGGCAACACGUUUCUCAAGCAGAGAGGAGGACUGUCACAGCCCUCGGGCCUGCUUCCACCAAUCUCCCUGCAUUUUUCGGUGAUAACAAGAGACAAGGACUCGCUUCAGAAGGGCACCGCCACAGUGAUGAGGAGGAGGAGGGUAAUCAUGGCGUUGACAGCGGCAAACAAAGGACACUGUCAGGCACGAACAAGAAGCCAUCAGCUCAUGGCGGUGCAGAGGGAUCAGACGAUUUGCGGAGCUCUGGGAAGAGAGGGAAGGGAGGGGGGAGAAAAAGGAGUCCCACUGAGAAUGGCAGAAAAGUGGGUGGUGGUUUACCUUUACCUCCUGCAGCAGCAGAGGGAGGUGCAAAAGCGGAGAGGAGAGAGGAGGUAGAAUCUGAUAUGAUGGUUCCCGGCGAGACGGAGAUAGCCAGCAAGAUCCUGGAAUGGUACCCGGAAAUGGAGUUGGCAGGAGUAGGAGAGGGAGAGGAGGAGGAGGACGGGAGGGAAGGCGUUUUGGUCCAUGAGCUCGCGGGGCGAAUACGGCCGACACUCAUGUCCACUUGGCUUUCGUUGAAGAAGGCGGCGUUCUCCAUGAGCGCCGAGGCGAGGAAACGCCGACGGAUCGCAGUCCAACAACUCAUGGACGAUCUCUAUCUGAACCUGCAGCUGUACGCGAAGGCGCUCGACCUGUUCGAGAACGACAUUACGAUCUCGCCGGUUCUUCAUCGUCAUUUACUGAGAGUUUUUGCAGCUGAAGUAGCUGACGUGCUUCUUCAUGCACAGGGCCAAGAGCACCAGAUUUCUGAGGGGCUCAUUUCUGCUGCUGAUACGUCGUUGGCUGCUCUGCCUCCUGUCGGCCAGUCGUUGCUCAGCGUACAGGAAAGGUACGACCUUGCGUACAAUCUUCCAGCUGACAUCCGUGUCAAGGCCAUCGCAUUGGUGGCAGCAAUCGAUGGGAAGAGCGUUCCCACUUUUAUGGCGUCGCUGGAGUCGCUAGCGGAGGACUGCGGUGUCCGAUUAAGGAAACUGGACAAGAAGGUUGAGCGCACUCUUCUUCACAUGCAUAAAAGGGCAUUGAUUUCUCAGUUGGAGGCAGAGCAGGAUCCUGUCGCAGCCCUUCCUCUUGCUGUGUCCCUUCUGUUUGCGCAGGUUCAUGCGCGAGCUCUUCAGGCUCCUGGGCGAGCGAUAGCGACUGUCAUCGCAAGCUUGAAGGAUGCGAUCUCAAAGGCAUCGCACCAGAUGCUUAUGGAGUACCACUCGCAGACGGUCUUCUACCUCUCGUUCAAAAACAGUCAGUCUGCUGUGAGGGGAAGCAACGAUGCAGAGUAUUGGGAGAAUCAGACAGAGCAGAAGCUGAAGUACAUAAAGGACAACAUGGCCGGUGUGAAGGCGCUGGCGCUGAAGGCCUCCUCCUCCUCUGUCUCAGCACAACCUCUCCCCCACGCAAGUCAGCACCUCAACACCUGUACGUCCACGUCGUUCAUGCUGUCGCCAUCUGCCAAUGCCGCAGCUGCCGCUGCUGCAGCGACCGCGGCAGCCUCGCUCCGAUUGUCGCCAUCGUCUGCUGGAUCCGAUGGGAUUGCUUAUGCCCCAGCAUCCACACGACAGCCUGAGGAAGUAUUAGCACAGCAAAGUGCAGGCACCUGUGCUCAGACUCACCACAGACCGCUCAGUGCGCUCACGCCUCUGUCAUCUCUGCCACCGUUGUCAGAGGCUGCAGCUGUGAAUCCUGACGGCGGCGGAGAUGACAGAGCCUCUGACAUACUAGUAGGGGAAAGGGUUCAACAACUGGAGCGGACGGAAACACAGUCGACGUACUGUUCGCUCAGCAAUAAGUGCGCCCAGCCCAACAUUUUGGGGUCUGUAGCACCGCCGUCUGUUUCCCUGCAGUCUACCUUAACGAGGGCGCUUUCUGAGAGCGACUCUCAGUCUCAGGGGAGCGGCGGCAGUAGUAGAAAUGGACCUACGUCGCCAUUGCUGGUUCCGUCGGUCUCCCCAACAAUCAAGGGCGCAACUCGUGUCCAGAAAGCAGUUUCAUUAGGUGGCAGCAGUAGUUCUGCCUCAGGUUCAGGCUGGUUGAGUUCAUCGUCGUCCUCUGAAAACAACAAGCUUCAGGGACAUGGCUUUGCCCAUCAUGGCACCCCGCCACGCCCACCUCCAGCACCCUGGUCAGCCACCAGCUCUCUUGCAAGGUUCCUUGAUGUUAGCGUGUCGUCCAGCUCAAGCAAUGGCAGUGUGCCUGUUCCAUGCGGGAGCCUUCCCAAAUGCAUCACCUUCACAGGAGAUGCAUUGGCAUCCGUGGACUUGACAGACGAGGCAAUGCUCAUGGCUCCUGUGAAGGCAAGGGCAGCAGUCUGGGACCAGCGCAGCCUUUCAUGGUCCGCGCCGACCAUGCCUUCGUCGAGGACAACAUCGAGGUCUUCCUCUCGGGCAUCAUCCAGAUCGAGUUCACCCUCACCUGCCGCGGCACUAUCAGAGUCUCAAAGUUUGGUGGGAAGAGCAUCUGCACUGCUGGAGGCAAGGGCUACAGCAGGACGGGAUGGAGAGCGGUCCCCACCAGAAUCCACUUCGCCAUCCUCUUCGCCAGAGACCAAUGACACUAGUAGUACAAGUUUUGCAUCACCGGACUCAUCGGAGGCAAUUCUGCUCGGUGCGACAAACGGUGUGAAUGACGGCACAGCUCCUGGCGCGCAGGAAGAAGUUCACGACAAUACUGCAGCAGCUGCACCCGCUCUUGGCGCCGCUGACGGCGCUGAGAUGGUUAGCGAUGAACAUCACGAGGUGGAGCCGUAAUUGCAGGCAGGCAAGGAGCACUGGAGCAGGGAAGGCUCUCUCUUUCCGAGUCAUGGGAGCAAUCGGUAAA